AAAAAGUCAUCGCAACAACAAGUUUGCGAAUUCAAAAUAUUAAAACUCUCUCUAACGUGUUUUUGGCAUUUUUCAAUUAAACUCAGCAAAAUGUCAACAAUCAAAUCAUCAAGUAAUAACUAUUGUAUAAAUGUGUUGAUGGUAAUGAUCAUGAUUAUCAUUUCUACCAUCAUCACAUUAGCCGAUUGUCAAACAAGUAUUAGUAUUCCUUUUGAUACAACAAUUACAAAUGUCUCUCCAAGAAUAAGUAUUCCUCAGAAUUCAGAAGCAUACAAGGUAGAAAAUUGGGUUGCCUAUGGUAUUUAUCUUGGUAUUGUUUUCCUUGUUAUUCUGGCAAUAGGUGUUAUAUUCUACUUUGUUGCUAUUUGCUUCUUUUGCUUUAGAUUGUGUGGUUUAUGUGGUGGUUGUAAGCCAAAGAAAAAAGGAUCUUCUCGUCCAUAUAGAAAGAAGGACAUGUUAAUCCCAGCUAUAUUGACCAUGAUUAUGUAUAUUGUUAUUUUGGUCUUGGGUAUUUUGGGAAUAAUCUUCUCUGCAUUAUUCUCUGUAAAUGUUCGUACAUUGGUGAAAGAGACCAGAAGUGUAAUUUCAGGUGUUAAUGGUACAAUUAAUGGUGUUUCUAGUUUGGGAACUAGUGCUGAAUCAAAUAUUCCAAUUUUGGUCAAUGGAUUUAGCUCAAUUUUGACAGAUGCUGAGCAAUUUGCCACUCCAAUUAAUAAUAUGACCAACACUGUUCAAUCUGGUAUUAAUGCCAUGGUGUUUAUCAAUAGUACAACUGCUCCUAAGAUUUAUGCAGAUGUUGAAAAUGUUAGAGCUGAUUUGAGAAUUUUGUACAAUAAUAGUCGUUUGAGUGGUGUUCCAAAUCCAGAUACUGCCAUUCCAAAUGUUCAGUCACAAGUUGAAGCUGGUAUUAAUACUGGUGUUUCUUAUCUUGAACAAGGUAAGACCACUAUUGCUGGUGCCAAGACAACCUUAGAUAACACCAUCUCUACAACUCGUUCAACCAUCAACUCAACUGUCUAUGAUACUGUCAAGGGAAGUGUUAUUAACACUUUGAAUUCAGUCACUAGCCAAAUUUCUGGUAUUAACAACAUGAUUAAUCAAUAUGCUCCUUCCACUACUAUUGAUGAAGCUCAAACUAUUAUUUAUAGUGUUGAAAAUGCAAGAAUUUCUCUCGUUACCAUCUUUUUCGUAUGGUGUGCCUUUUUGUACAUUUUUGCAUUGCUUGGUAUUUGCUGUAAAAAGGCCAUUCUUGUGGAAAUUACUUCAUGUUGUACUUGUGCCACUGCUUGGUUAUUCUUUUUGGUUGCUUCUCUCCAAAUUCCAAUCUUUAUUCUGGUUAAUGAUUUGUGUAAGACUGCUCCAGGUACUGUCUUGUAUAUGUCUGAUGAUGUUGGUGGUCCAGUUCUCGCUAGCACUGGUUUCAAUAUCACUGUCAAUGCCUCUGUUAUCAUUCAAAGAGUUGCCAACUGUUCUGGAGAUCAAAACUUUAUCACUAGUGCUUUGGGUAAUGAUUAUUUGACUUCAUUGGGUCUUUCAAGCAUGUUAUCAUCUGCAACUGGAUCUAUCAAGGGACAACUUGAUAGUUUUAACAUUUCUUCAACUGUUGAUAGUGCCAAAGAUUUGAUUUUACAAGCUAAUAUUACAAACAUCAAGACAGACUACUCUGCUGACGUAUUUGAUGCACAAACCAAGUUGAAUACGGCCAUAGCCCAAUUAUCAAGCAUUGAAAGUUACAGCGGAUUUUCAAUGAAAAAUGUUACAAAUGCAUUGGAUGAAUUGAAUGCAUACACUACUCAAUACGGAUAUUAUUAUACAUUGGCAAACAUUACCUUGCUUGAUCCUGACUCCAGUCCAUUCAACGUUACUGAAACUUCUCGAAACAAAACUCGUGACGAAAAGGAUCAAGUCUUGACAUUAUUACAAAUCUAUAAUGAGACAAUGACUGAAGUGAAUGCUGUCAAUGCCACUCUUAACAGUGUUAAGACUGGUCUCAGUACUUUAUACAAUGAUUUUGUUCUCCUUUCUUCUGAAAUUGCUCCAGUCAAGGCAUUGCCAACUACUCUUGUUGAUCAAUUAACAUCAUUGGCAAAUUCUGUAAUAGCAUUUGUGAAUGGAUUGAAAACAAGUAUUGACAGUUUAGUUAUAUCAGUGCUGACAAGCUACAUUAACGCAACACUAAAAGAUUCACUAGGAUGUGCAUAUGUGGGAACCUAUGUCAGUACCAUCAACUCUACAGUUUGUUAUGGAAUGACCAAUCAAACUUUCUUAACUGGUCUCUUCUCCAUCAUGAUUGGUGUAGCAAUGAUUAUUCUGUUCUUCAUUCUCAUUAUUCUUGGUAAGAGAAUUAGAUAUCAAGCUCGUAAGGGAGAAGACACUGGUACCGAUACUGUCGAAAUGGAUAUGCAUCACUAAGAAUAUAUAAAUAUUCAAUCUGUAUAAACUAGUUACAAAAUACUACCUCCAACUCAUGGAAAAGUUUUGAGUACUAAGCAUUUUUUCAAAGAUCUCAACAUUAAUAAAAAAUAGAACGAAACUCUAAAGGAUCGUCACAAUUAAACUGGACUCUGAAACGUAACACCUUCAACCUUUUCAACAAUCUUCUUAUUGUUCAAGAUUGUGAAUAAAGUUCCCUUGUCC